ACUAGUGGAUAGUGAACAGGACGGCGGUCGGCGGUCGGCGGAACGCUGGUCCCACUCUCACUACAAGUAUCUCUGCGGCUUAAAUUGGAACACACCUUGGACCAUCUCCAUGUAAAGGCCCGCGCCACCUUUACAAGCUGACAAUCUCAAACAACAACAGCCUGGAAUACGCAAGAACAAAGAGAAACGAUACUCGUAGAUAGAUUAUGAUGUGAACUACCAAGACACAUUUUAUGAUCAGGAUAAACCUGUGACUAAAGUUUCAUCAGGGCAAUGAUAAAAGAAGCAAUACAGUUGGGAAUGAAUAGGGCAAUGAUCAUACGCUUGGGCGUGAUGGGCGGUGUGAGCUGUGGGCGGCGGGGAUUGACCACAGGACAAACGACCCUCUCUCGCUCCGCUGUUUACAGAAUGUUAGUAAAGGAGAGUAAUAAAAGGAAAAAAAAACACAUGAAUUUUGGCAUGCCAAGAAUGGGUGAGACAGCAACAGUGGUGACAGAAAGGUGGAACAAAAUGCCAAAAGUGCCCAAGUAUUCAUCUCGUCUUCGGAAUCUUAACAAGGUGUUCCUUGACAAGAUUACUGACAUCCUCUCGACUGGGGAAUUGGCCAGCCAGCUCUAUGGUCGUGGCUUAGAAUUGUCUGAGGUCUGCAUUCACCUCCAACCUGCAUGGCAUCAAUGUGUACUGGGUGACCACUGGGAACCCUGAGAAGGACCAGCAAACACAAGAAUUCCUGAAUUGCCAUGCUAAGGCAGUUUCGGCAUGAACUAAGCAACCUUCGUAUCAUUGGGCAUUCCCCACCUAUAACCUACCUCAGAGAUGACCGUCACCACAAGCUGCAGGAGGUGGAGAGGCUGCUGGCCAUUGCUGACUUUGGUGAGGACUUUGAACCAACAAGUCCUGCCCACCACCGGAAGGGUGACUUCCCUUCCCUUGCUUUGCUGCUGGACACCAGGAUCAAGGAUGCCAUCAAAGACUUGGAAGGAGAGGAUGGCCAGAAGGAAGAUCCACCAGAUCCCUUUGAGGAGGCCCUUAGAAUUGCUACCUCCCAGCCACCACAAGGAGUGGAUAUUAAUGAUGCCACUUUUGUACUCCCAUCUGAUCUGCCAACCAUGAGAGGAGAUGUACUGGGAGUAAACGCAAUUAAAUUAUACAACAUGAUUCAUCAGAGCAUGAAGAGAGCAAGAGCAGAACAUAGGAGAGAGGCUGAGAUAGGUUCUCAGGGCAACCUCUUAGACCAUCACCCACAAGAAUCUAUGAGUCUUGUCAGUAACAGUGGGAAGCAGGCAAUUCAAAAAUGGGCCAGCCAGUACAGGCAAAUGCAGAAGGAGACACGCAAGAAAAAUAAAGAAGCUGCCUUACUCAGCUAUCCUGGAGAUCUCUCCUAUCAGGACUUGCCAGAGCAGGAUAUGGAGGUAGAGUGGGUAGAGGAGGAAGAUUAUACUGAUCAGUUUGAAUAAAAGUUGGUAUGAAAAAUU